CAGGCGUUUAGGUAAGUACGGUGGCCGCUCGGGUCCUGUCGCUCUCAGCUGCCGCGCCAACGGUUCACCAUGAUUUCCGAAGAUGAUGAAUUAAAUCUUCUGGUUAUCAUCGUUGACACAAACCCAAUUUGGUGGGGAAAACAAGCUUUGAAAGAAUCCCAGUUCACAUUAUCAAAAUGUAUAGAUGCUGUCAUGGUGAUGGGAAAUUCUCACUUAUUUAUGAAUCGUUCCAACAAACUUGCUGUGAUAGCAAGUCAUAUUCAAGAGAGUCGAUUCUUGUAUCCUGGGAAGAACUGGAAAUUUGGAGACUUAUUUGGUGAUCCUGGCAGCAGCUCUGCCGAAUAUAAUCCUUCUGGUAGUAAGGAUGGAAAAUAUGAGUUAUUAACUGCAGCAAAUGAAGUGAUUGCUGAAGAGAUUAAAGAUCUUAUGACCAAAAGUGACAUGGAAGGACAACGUACAGAAACAUUGCUGGCAGGAUCUCUUGCAAAAGCACUUUGUUAUAUUCACAGAAUGAGCAAGGAAGUAAAAGAUAACCAAGAAAUGAAGUCAAGAAUAUUGGUCAUUAAGGCUGCAGAAGACAGUGCUUUGCAAUAUAUGAACUUCAUGAAUGUCAUCUUUGCAGCACAGAAACAGAAUAUUGUGAUUGAUGCUUGUGUCUUAGAUACUGAUUCAGGACUCCUCCAACAGGCCUGUGACAUUACAGGGGGCAUAUACUUGAAGGUGCCCCAGAUGCCAUCGCUUCUUCAGUAUUUAUUGUGGGUAUUUCUUCCUGAUCAAGACCAAAGGUCUCAGUUAAACCUCCCACCUCCCAUUCACGUUGACUAUAGAGCUGCUUGCUUUUGUCAUAGAAAUCUCAUUGAAAUUGGUUAUGUCUGCUCUGUAUGUUUGUCAAUAUUCUGUAAUUUCAGUCCUAUUUGCACCACAUGCGAGACAGCUUUUAAGAUUUCACUACCUCCUGUUCUGAAAGCAAAGAAGAAGAAAUUAAAAGCAUCUUCCUUGUGACCAGAAAAACCACCAGAAACUUGAUCCUCUUUUCUCCAACUUCUUUACUGCACUUGAGAUUUUAACUAAGAAAUCUGUGCUGAAUGUGUUGUUAAAAUAAUUGAUAACUGAAUAUACAUAGCUAUUUUUUAUAUGCUAAUUCCUUGAAGGCAUUUUUUUAAAGAACAAAUUCCUCCUGUGUAGUCAGGUAGAAGAGAGCCAGUCAGGAGGCUGCUGUUCCUGGGUAACACGACGGGGAGAAUGUUUAGCUCACUUUUGAAUUUUUAAAACACUGUUACUUUCAAUUUAGUUCAGUAAGUAGUAUUAAGCUGUUUACAGUGGACAUGGGUGCUAUGUAUAAUCAUUUCUAAGGUAAUCAUUUAUUAAAGUAAUCAUUGAGUUGGUUACUGAUCUUAUAACAUUAAUGUUUUAUCUAAGUUUGGUUCUCAUUCAGGGUAUAUAAAAUUUUCACAUAAUUAUGACAAUUUAAACACAUUUUUACUCACCUCCAUUUCUUGUGGCUUUAAUCAAGGUAAAACUUCCUUAAGUAGCCAGCUUUUGCAGUACAGAUGUAAACAAAAUUCUCCAUGCAUUAAUUUGCUACUCAUUCUUCCUUUCAGACAUUAGCAAGUGUUCAAUCCUUAAUCUUUAAAAAGUCUUUAUUAACUAUAGCUAUUUUUACCCAAAUAAUAAUCACUGAGUGAUUACAGAGCCUCUAUUUUUUUAAUAAAUUAGGAAAUAUAUUGGCAAAUAUACAAAUGCUCUCUUCAAAUGCAGUUCCCUGGGAUGGCAUUGGCAGAAGCUAAUGUAUAGAUAGAUAUUGAAGAGGGGCAGUUUCUAGGAAAUUCUUCCAUGGGAAAGCUUUUCCAGUCACAGUUUUCUCUUGACAUGACUUUUUCCUCAUUUUAAUAAUUUACUAGAAAAUCUCUGAAAAUUGUCACUGUUCUAUCACAAUCUUUCUUAAAUUCAAAAGAAAAUGAUUUUUAAAUUUAGCUUUAGAGAAAUCACUUUCUGUAAACAUUUUGAAAGUUCUUUUGUCUUCCAAAUUAUAGAAGUAUUAGGGAAAAGGAAAAUUAUGGAACCAACUAAAAAAGUUUUCUUAACAUAAGACUUUUCAUGUUACCUAGAGAAACAUGACUGUUAAUUAAGUUCUGUUUGCUGAGGGAAUUCAGACUGACUUUGCUGGUUUUGUUAAAGACUACGGUGAAAAUAUUUGUCAUAAUUUUUGUAAGCAUUUAUUCUCUUAAAAGCCUUUGAUCUUUCCAAUGUGUUAGAAUAUUGUCAUUUUAAAAUAGUUGCUAAAUCUUGUGGGAAGAAGCACUGACCAGGACUCAGGUGCAAUGACAAGAGUCCUAGAGCUGAAGUCCCAGGACCUAUAUUCAAAUCCUGACUCCCUCUUCCGUAGGGAAGGAGCUAGCUCUCACCUCUUAGGUUCCUUCCAGCUCUAAAUCUGAUCCUGUAACUUGAAUUUAAAUCCCUUUUUGACAUAUAUUAAUCUUGUGAUGAUGGACAAGGCACUUAAUUUCCCUAAGCCUUAGUGUUCUCAUCUGUAAAAUGGGAAUUAUAAACCUAUCUACUUCACAGGGCUGUUGUGGAGACAGUGUUCUGUAAAAACUGUAAAGUGCUAUGUAAAUAUGAGCUGCGGUUACUUACAUACUGUGCAUUUGGGUGUAGUGGGGAUCAUUGUUUUAAGUCUAGCAAGGGAUCAGAAACAUUUCAGAACACUUGAGUUAGAAUUUUCUUUUCUCUUGUCCCAUUUAAGAGCUUACUAAUUUGUUCAGUUCCAUUUUAUUUUCAUUGUAUUUAUAGUUAAUUUUAAUAUGAAAUUUUUUCAAUAAAAUAAUUUGUAUUUUUUCAGUUUGGUCA